CGUCUCCAACAGAACUAAAGCAAACACAUCCAUGCGUACACAAACAGAAAACAACAAUAACUACAUUGUCGCUCAGCUGUAUUUUACCGAUUCAUUCAUUUUACGUUCCGACAACGCUGCUAUGCUAGCUAGCUGUGUAGCUAAUUUUUUUGUUAGUGUGCUCUCAUUAUCAGACCAAAGUAGUGCCAGUAUCUGAGUAUCUCCUCAUAUCGCGGUACAAAUUCAGUUAUAUUUGUUAAUUGUUAUUGUUGUUACAAAACGGUGGUGCGGUGUUCGUUGUCGUCAAACGCGACCAGCAGUAUCUGAAAGUGCGUUCGUGCGUAUACCUCAGCUGGAUAGGAGAAGUCUAUCGAAUCAAAAAAUCGGUCUGUUCUAUUCUGAAAAUUGUGCGAUUUAACACGUUGUCGUUAACGUCCGUCGAGUUGCUCACAGUGUCGCCGUCGUUGUUGUUGUUCUUGUCGUAAAAAGUGCCCAACAGUGUACAAAUAUUCACUUUCAUACCUAGGUACCUAGCUGUGAAAGAAGAAAAUCCAAAAAUAUUAAUUUUUAUUUUCCAAAUAAAUUUGAAGAAAAAAUCUUUAGUACAACAUGAGGGAAAUCGUUCAUUUGCAAGCUGGCCAAUGCGGUAACCAAAUUGGUUCUAAGUUCUGGGAAGUCAUCUCCGACGAACAUGGCAUUGAUCCCAAUGGCAAUUACUAUGGCGAAAACGACAUGCAGCUGGAACGUGUCAACGUUUACUACAACGAAGUCAACGGCAACAAAUAUGUGCCACGUGCCGUUUUGAUCGAUUUGGAACCUGGUACCAUGGAUUCGGUACGCCAAUCGCCCUAUGGUCAAUUGUUUAGACCUGAUAACUUUGUGUUUGGCCAAUCUGGAGCCGGUAACAACUGGGCCAAAGGCCACUACACCGAAGGUGCUGAAUUGAUUGAAAGCGUCUUGGAUGUAGUUCGCAAGGAAUCGGAGGGUUGUGACUGCCUUCAAGGCUUCCAAUUGGCCCAUUCUUUGGGCGGUGGUACCGGUUCUGGCUUGGGUACUCUAUUGAUUUCGAAAAUUCGUGAAGAAUACCCAGAUAGAAUUAUGAAUACCUUCUCGGUAGUACCUUCUCCUAAGGUGAGUGAUUUGUUUUUGUUUUAUAUUGAGAAAAUGUAAAAUUUACGCUGUAUA